CCACGCCACUCGCCCACUGGAAUAUCACUCCGUGUGACAAGUGACGGAUUUUACGCGCACGACACGCCGCUUGGUUUUCCAAAAUAAAGGGGGACUCCGCGGCAGCUGCCAAUUACUUUUACCAUGUCUGUGGGAUUAAUACAGAUUUUGUGCGUGGUUACGGCGGUUUUCGCGAUGGAAGAAACGCUGAUGGACACUCGGACCGCCACAGCAGAGCUUGGGUGGACGGCGUACCCUUCUUCAGGGUGGGAGGAAGUCAGCGGUUAUGACGAGAACCUCAACACCAUCCGAACAUACCAGGUAUGCAACGUCUUUGAAUCCAACCAGAACAACUGGCUGCUUACCACAUUCAUCGCUCGGCGUGGAGCUCAACGCAUCUAUGUGGAGAUGCGGUUCACCGUCCGAGACUGCAGUAGCAUCCCUCGGGUUCCUGGAUCCUGCAAGGAAACCUUUAACCUCUACUACUACGAGACAGACUCUGUGAUCGCCACCAAGGGUACAGCUUUCUGGAUGGAAGCUCCGUAUCUGAAAGUCGACACCAUCGCAGCAGAUGAGAGCUUCUCACAGGUGGACUUUGGUGGCAGGUUGAUGAAAGUGAACACAGAAGUGCGGAGUUUUGGUCCACUGUCCAAAAAUGGCUUUUAUUUGGCAUUUCAGGACUAUGGCGCAUGCAUGUCUCUGCUGUCCGUGCGUGUGUUUUAUAAGAAAUGCCCCAGCGUGGUGCAGAACUUUGCAGUAUUUCCCGAAACUAUGACGGGAGCAGAGAGCACCUCACUUGUGAUCGCUCGAGGAAUGUGCAUCCCGAACUCGGAGGAAGUGGAUGUACCGAUAAAGUUGUACUGUAAUGGUGAUGGGGACUGGAUGGUUCCGAUUGGGAGCUGCACCUGCAAGGCUGGUUUUGAGCCGGACAAUGGGAACAUCUGUCGAGCUUGUCCUCCAGGGACGUUUAAGUCUAGUCAAGGGACGGGUAUGUGUCUCCAGUGUCCACCAAACAGCAGGUCAACAUCAGAAGCAGCCACCAUCUGCGUCUGCAGGAACGGCUACUACAGAGCAGAUGGAGAGCAGCCGGACAUGCCCUGCACCAGUGUUCCCUCUGGGCCGCGGAAUGUCAUAUCCAUCGUGAACGAGACCUCCGUGACUUUGGAGUGGCACUCUCCGCGUGAGACAGGCGGACGUGAUGACGUGGUUUACAAUAUCGUUUGUAAGAAAUGCCAGGCAGACCAGCGAUCAUGCUCUCACUGCGAUGAUAAUGUGGAAUUUGUCCCCCACCAACUGAGUCUGACCGAAACCAGAGUCUUCAUCAGUAACCUACUGGCCCACACACUCUACACAUUUGAGAUCCAGGCGGUCAACGGCGUCACUAACAAGAGCCCGUAUCCUGCUCAGCAUGUCUCCAUAGACAUCACAACCAACCAAGCUGCUCCGUCCAUUGUUCCUAUAAUGCAUCAGGUCAGUUCUACUAUGAAAAGCAUCACAUUGUCAUGGCCACAGCCUGAACAGCCCAAUGGAAUCAUUCUGGAUUAUGAGCUACGCUACUAUGAGAAGGAUCUGUCUGAGGUGAACUCUACGCAGGUGAAGAGUCAGACGAACACAGCUCGUGUAGACGGUUUACGGCGAGGCACUAUGUACGUGAUGCAGGUUCGCGCCAGGACAGUCGCUGGUUUCGGCAAAUACAGCAGCAAAAUGUGCUUCCAAACCCUCACAGAUGACGACUAUAAAUCAGAGCUAAGGGAGCAGUUGCCGUUGAUUGCGGGCUCCGCCGCGGCUGGAGUGGUCUUCAUUGUGUCUCUCGUGGCCAUAUCUAUAGUCUGUAGCAGAAAACGAACAUACAGUAAGGAGGCCGUGUACAGCGACAAACUCCAGCACUACAGCACCGGCAGAGAACUCUCUUUGAGGCCAGAUCUGUCAAACUGCCACACGCCAAUGGGCUGCCCAACCCUGCCCGGCUCUCCAGGGAUGAAGAUCUACAUCGACCCCUUCACCUAUGAGGACCCCAAUGAAGCUGUGAGAGAGUUUGCCAAGGAGAUUGAUGUCUCCACUGUCAAAAUUGAAGAAGUUAUUGGGGCAGGUGAGUUUGGGGAAGUGUAUAAAGGUCGACUCAAACUGCCUGGUAAACGAGAGAUCUAUGUUGCCAUCAAAACACUGAAGGCAGGCUAUUCUGAGAAGCAGAGACGUGACUUCCUGUCAGAGGCGUCAAUCAUGGGGCAAUUUGACCACCCCAACAUCAUUCGUCUGGAGGGUGUUGUCACCAAGAGCCGGCCAGUCAUGAUCGUUACAGAGUUUAUGGAGAACGGGGCUCUCGACUCCUUCCUUAGGCAAAACGAUGGGCAGUUCACAGUAAUCCAGCUGGUCGGGAUGUUGAGGGGUAUUGCAGCAGGGAUGAAGUAUCUGUCUGAGAUGAAUUACGUCCACCGAGACCUCGCCGCCCGCAACAUCCUGGUCAACAGCAACCUUGUGUGCAAGGUGUCGGAUUUUGGCCUGUCCCGUUAUCUUCAGGAAGACACCUCUGACCCAACCUACACUAGCUCACUGGGUGGAAAAAUUCCAGUGAGAUGGACCUCACCAGAAGCUAUCGCUUAUAGGAAGUUCACUUCUGCUAGUGAUGUCUGGAGUUAUGGUAUCGUCAUGUGGGAGGUGAUGUCCUUUGGUGAGAGACCCUACUGGGACAUGAGCAACCAAGAUGUGAUCAAUGCUAUCGAGCAGGAUUACAGGCUGCCACCACCCAUGGACUGCCCCACUGCCCUACACCAGCUGAUGCUCGACUGCUGGCAGAAAGAUCGCAAUGCUCGACCACGAUUUACCGACAUUGUCAACACACUCGACAAACUCAUCCGCAACCCCACAAGCCUUAAAGCAGUCGCCAGUAUACCCAAUAUUCCGUCCCAGCCAUUGUUGGACAGAUCCAUCCCGGACUUUACCACAUUUAGUUCUGUAGAAGACUGGCUGGCCGCAAUUAAGAUGUCUCAGUACAGAGAAAACUUCCUCAACUCUGGCUUCACAUCCCUCCAGCUCAUCACCCAGAUGACUUCAGAGGACCUGUUGAGGAUAGGUGUGACUCUGGCUGGCCAUCAGAAGAAAAUCCUCAACACCAUCCAGUCAAUGCAUCUGCAAAUGUCUCAGACGCCCACUGCGCUGGCAUGACUACAGGGGGCGCCGGAUGAUGGGCUGGGCAGCUUGCGGAAGAGUUACCAGCGGGUGAGCCCGAUCCCAUCAGAGCGCGCCAGAAUAGAGACUAUCAUCCUGAUCUGAGAACGUGUUUCAGGAGAGAAACCAUCAUCCCAUAAUCCACAGACCAGACCGGACCAAACCUGGAAUGAACAGGACUUUCUUGGACUCACAGGAAGUCUGUUAACCUGUCGGCUGGGAGAAGGAAACAUGAUACCUGCUUCAUUGUCUGUGUGACUACACUUAUAGGGAAAACUGAAGAAGAGAACUCUUUUUUUUUUUUUUUUGUCUGCAGCUUUGUUUCAUCUGACUCACAUUUGCAUUUUUAUUGUCUUCACAAUGUUUAUAAAAAAACUAAGAAGCUGAAUCUUCCUAUUUCUUUGUUUAACGACAAUUUAAUCUUAUCGGACACAUGUUCUGCAUUUUCGUUAUCUUCACGAUGUUUAUCAACAAACCAUGACUAUUCAAACUCUGCUACGAUGAAAAGAAAUGUUUUCCAUCGUAUCCUUUUAGGUUUUUCUUUGUUGCUAUUUGCGUUAUUUCCAGGAUAAAGACACCUGUUCCUUCAAUCACCACUGCUUCCCACUAACACUACCUGUUGAUCUCGCUAUGGCCAACGUUACCAAAGGACAUCCUGUAUGCCUGCGUCCCAACCCCCAGCCAUACGAGAGUAAAUUAUGUAUAUCUUCAAAUAAAUACAAGUAUAUCUUCAGAGUAAACCUUCAUAUUGAAGGUGAAGUGUAAUGGAUUUGUAUGUAAAUGCCCUCUUCUUCCGCUUGCAUUUUUGGCAAUGUCACGCAUUGAUCAGACCAGAACCAUCCAUGAGGCGCCUUGCGAUUCUGGAGGACAUGAACUUGCUUAAGUCGCCAUGACGCCACAAGAACAAUCUGGAAUGAACUCUUGACUUUGUCGAUGUUGUGUAAAUAUAAGUUAGAUGUGUAUAAAUUAGCGGAAAAAAUAAAUAAUUUAGAUGAAAAAAGCUACGCAUUCAGGCCACUAAUCGAAUCAGUGUUUAUAGUAGAUGUUCCUACUUACUUACCUGUACAGCUUUACUUUCUUACACCUCUUCUACUUCUAGUUGUUCUUGUUAGUUUUGUGUCAGAGUGUUUGGAUGAGUCGACUAGCAUUGGGAAGGUGCUUUGUCACCACCUAAACUAGCUGGUACACUUAAAUGUAGUUCUGCUGUUAAUAAGCUGUACUAAUGUUGGUCAAACAGGGUCUUUAAAACCGCUAAUCUGUUUUCUAAACACGUGUUUACAUGGUAAGCAAACAAAAAUGUCGCAGUCAGGUAACAAACAAAUCCAGAGCUAGCUACAUGCACACAAAACCGCUGUCCUUCACUAGUAAACCACCUUUAUUAGACAGAGUCACUCUCUCAGCUCCAGAUGUUUCCAGAUGACAUUGUUAAAUGCGGUAAAUGUUGUUUGUGUCACCAGCUCUACAGUUAUAUAGGUGUGCAUCUAAAUCAAACAUCUGUGUGAUCAUUUUACAAACAGAUGCCUAAUGCCGCCCCAUUGAGCACACUCUACAUUAGCAGUCAAUGAAGCACUGGGUAGCACACACAGACAGACACAAACUCACACACACAAACACAUACUUUUGUUGACUUUGGGCUGUUCCUCAAUUCAUAUACAUACAGAAGUAGUGUUAGCUGAUACUUUGUGUGCAGUGUUUGUAUGUGUAUGAAAAAUUAGCCGCUACAUGUGCUCUGUUCCAAAACCUAGUGAGGCUGUUCCAAAAGAUAGUCAGAAUGAUUAUAAUGCCUUUGAAGAUACCUUUUUUUUUUGGCCAAAAUUUAAAGCAGCAUUGCAUGUAUUCUUUGCGGACAAGGAAAUCCCACAGUGUAUUGUGACUAGCAACAUGUUAGCUUAGCAACAUGCCAAUGCCAAACUCUUGGGUCUAGAAAUGUAUUUAUUUUAUACAGAGUUGUCAACUAUAAACGAAAGUGCAGACUGUUUUGUUUCAUGUGAACAUUUUUACAUGGGUGGUGUAAAUCUGACCAGAGCAGUUUAAUUUUACUUUGCCCCUAUGAAUGAUGAUGUCUGUGAAAAAGCCUGUUACGAUACUAUGUUUAACACUUUGUUAUAUGUAAAACUACGUUGUUACAUAUAAUGUUUAAAUGUAUAUUUUUUUUUUGGUAAGAAUUUAUUUUGAUGGUCCCAAGUUGACAUUUAACUGAUAUAAGUGACUUUUUAACUGACUAUAAGUUACUUAUUAACUGACUUGCUAUGGUUAGUAAACAGUGUUUCAACAAACAUUCAGUAGACUAUCAGUACUCUCUAUGUAGAUCUUUAUUAAUGACUUUUAAUGAACUGAUGUUCUCAACAAUUAUUUAAGUAGAGAUCUAUAUACUGGCUAAUGAAAGUCUACUGGAUGUUUGUUGAAACACUGUUUACUAGCUAUAGCAAGUCAGUCAAUAAGCUGUUAUUUUGCUGCUGUUAUACAGGCUGUUGAUAGUCUACUAAAUGUUUGUUGAAACACUGUUUACUAGCUAUAGCAAGCCAGUUGAUAAGUCACUUAUAGUCAGAUAAAUGUCUACUUGGGUCCUUCAAAAUAAAGUGUUACCUUUUGUUUACUUAUUAAUAAGAUUGGCAAAUGUAAAUCAUGCUCACAGGACAAGUUAACAUGUAUUUGUUACAAUAGUCCCAUUUUCCAAUAGGUGGCUGAUUGAGUCACAUUAUAAAAUUGCAUAUUUCAAAGUAUUGUUACAAUAAAAGAAACAAAGUAAAAUUAAAAAGAAAUAUGCAAUUAUUCUUGUUUAUCGUUCUUUUUCCCCCAACAAUUGCAUGUUAAUGAAACAAUAUGGAAGAAUAUUACUUUAUUGUUCGCCAUAUCCUAUUGAGUCUUAUUAAGAACUGUGCAAAAUUUGACUUAGUGUAGUUUCCCACCUGUUAUAACUGUAAAAAAAAAAACAAUGUGCAUACUUUCACUAAUUAAAAAACUAACAAAAAACUAUAAAAAUACAUGUAGUUUGUUUCAUUAUUAGGCUAUCGAAAGGGUUAAAUACAUGUCUAUUUGGGAUUAAAUGGGUUGUUAAUUGAAAUAAAUGUUCGAGUCUUCUAUGCGCUGUGCAUGAGGAGUGCAAUUUGCAUUUCAAAUCGAUCACUUACGAGGUUCCAUUUCCAUUAGUAUGCUGCCUUCUAAGCUCACUAGUUCUUGGAACAGAGCUAUUGUCUGUUAAUUAAGCUUAUGGUUAUUCAGUAAGAGCAACACGCACGCACACAAACACCCGCACAUAAUCCAUCACGCAGAUAUACCCAAGGUGUUACACCUAAUUGGCUACAAUGAAUUUCACCAUGGCAACCAAAGAGGGCAUUGUCUCUUUAUGAAGGAUGACACAUUUUCACCGCUUCUGCCAAAAGGCUAUUUCCUUCAGGCAAAGACAUUAUGGUUGUUACAUUGAAGAAAGUGAAAACAUUCCUGAAUACGAUGGCACUGGCGAUAAUUCCAUGUGUGUUCGCUCUUAUAAAAUCAUUAGCACAAGAUUAAAAUGUCUACCCUUUUGCCCAGAGAAAGAGGCCAGAGGUAGCUCAAUUAAUAACCACAAAGUAUCUUUACCCUGUGCCUCUCGUGGCUCACGUCCAGCUCAUUCGCAUUGGGGCGUAACCAAGCUGUCCGGAAUCCUACCGUAUGGCCCAGCUGAAAAAUGGCUGACUUGUGCUCAUCGCCAUGGACACGCUGGGGAGGGUGGAGCCUGCUGGGCUAACUGCCGGCACAGCAUAGGCUUCGGAGAGAGAUGAAUGAGCCAGGGUGAGUGGGAACAAAAGAUAGAGGGAAACGACUGGCCGCAGAGAGUACAGGAUGGAAAUGGAAUUAGGUGAGAUGCAAAAUCAAGAACUAAAGAAAGGAAGUGAGAGAAGUCAACAUGAAAUCAAAACUGGCCCUUUUUACUAUUAUAACACAUGUUCCUAGUUUUACUGAAUUUAGCUUAUCAGUGCAUUAUUGAAAACUGUUAUCAAAAUAUAUUAACUUGCUCUGCCUCUGAAACAACUUUCCUUUUCGGUUACAUACCCAAGCCCAUUUAUUUUUCAACCCCUCCCCUCCAACGACGAAGUUGGUAUGCAAAAUUCGCUUUUCAGGAUCCAAUUAAUUCCCCCAAAAAUCGAGUUCAAAUUUCAUGAUCCAAUCAAUUUAUAAUAUCAAACCCUGCCACACAGUUUUGUCUUGUUGAAUAUCCCAUUUCAUUCAGAAAUUACGAAUAUUUUUUGUAUGUUGACUUUAGGUAUGUGUUUGUGAGAGCACCAAUGUGUUGUUUAAUAUUGGUUGAGGAAUAUGGGUUUUUCAAAGGAUGACACCAAUAUCUUGAGAGCAGGGUGACCGAUGAGCAAUAUAAUAGCAAUUUACAUUAAA